UCAUAAAGCACCCCUUCUACUACUUCGUUAGUUAAUCAUCACCCAAAAACUAAAACUCCUUCUUCUUUCAAAAAUGUCGCAACCAUUAAAAGUUUCCACUGAUACUUUACUAGUAGUACUGUUAGCAUCACUGUUAGUUUCAUGUUACAGUAUUGUUCUAUCUGCUUCUGGUUCUUCUUUUUCUUCCACCGGCACAAAACAACAUUUACAAGUAGGUGUAGAACAUGAAGUAGACGCUCUUUUGAAAUGGAAAUCUAGCCUUGUAAAUCAAACUCACUCUCUCCUCCCCUCUUGGAAGAUAAAUUCUGCUGCAAGUACGACGACUCCAUGCAAGUGGUAUGGAAUCACUUGUAACAAAGAAGGAAGCGUCCUGGAAUUGAAUAUAUCUGGUUUGGGUUUAAAAGGUACACUCUAUAAUUUCAAUUUCUCAUCUUUCUCCAACUUUGUUAGUCUUAACUUGAGCGACAACAAACUCUUUGGAACCAUUCCGUCUCAAAUUGGCAUUCUUCCAAAACUCACCCACCUUUUUCUUUACAUGAAUAAAUUUUCUGGACGUUUUCCACCAGAAAUAGGCUCUCUCACAAGUCUGCAGGUGUUAGAGCUUUCUGAAAAUCAAAUUAGUGGAUCCAUUCCGCGUGAAAUUGGAAAUUUAUAUUCUCUCACUGGUAUAUGGUUGUACACAAACAAUCUCACUGGUUCAAUCCCUGCUUCUAUAUGCCACUUGACCAACCUCACAAUAUUAUCAGUUGCUCAUAAUCAACUCAUUGGUGCCAUCCCUCAAGAUAUAGGAAGGCUAAGUUCUCUGACUGGGUUAGCUUUGCAGGGAAACAAUCUCAUUGGUUCCAUCCCUACUUCUAUAUGCCACUUGACCAACCUCAGAUAUUUAUCAGUUGCUCAAAAUCAACUCACUGGUGCCAUCCCUCAAGAUAUUGGAAGGCUAAGUUAUCUGACUAGGUUAGCUUUGCAGGGAAACAAUCUCAUUGGUUCCAUCCCUACUUCUAUAUGCCACUUGACCAACCUCAGAUAUUUAUCAGUUGCUCAAAAUCAACUCACUGGUGCCAUCCCUCAAGAUAUAGGAAGGCUAAGUUCUCUGACUGGGUUAGCUUUGCAGGGAAACAAUCUCAUUGGUUCCAUCCCUACUUCUAUAUGCCACUUGACCAACCUCACAUAUUUAUCAGUUGCUCAUAAUCAACUCACUGGUGCCAUCCCUCAAGAUAUUGGAAACCUAAGGUCUUUAACUGGCUUAUAUCUGUCCACGAAUAACCUCACUGGUCCGAUCCCUACUUCAUUAGGUAAUUUGAGAAAUUUGACUAAUUUAUAUCUUUUUGAAAAUCAAUUAAAUGGAUCAUUGCCGACGGGAAUGAACAAUCUAACACAGUUGGAAAAAUUAUAUUUGGGUCGGAACAGAUUUUCUGGUUACUUACCUCAAAAUGUUUGUCAGGGAGGAACCCUUAAAAAACUUGUGGCACGUAAUAAUCUUUUCACAGGUCCUAUACCAAGAAGCCUUAGAAGUUGCACCAGCCUUAAAAAACUCGUUCUUGGAAACAAUAAACUAGUAGAUAACCUAACCGAGGCGUUUGAAGUGUAUCCUCAUCUAUCUAGGCUUGAUGCGGAAAACAAUAUGUUGUAUGGUGAACUCUCGAAAGACUGGGGAAAAUGUCAAAAUUUGACAGUCCUAUCUUUCUCAGGGAACAAUAUCACAGGUAGAAUACCAUCUGAAUUGGGAAAGUUGAAGAUUUUAGGCGAACUUCAUCUUGGUUCAAAUAACUUAGUAGGAGAAAUUCCGAAGGAGUUGUUGAAAUUGUCUUCACUGAUCAAGUUGAAUUUGAGCAAUAACCAGCUUUCUGGCAGGUUGUCUUUAUCAAUUGGAAUGUUAUCCAACCUGCAAUAUCUAGAUUUAUCAGAAAAUAAACUCAUCGGAUCAAUACCCAAACAACUAGGGCAGUGUUCAACUUUACUAUCUUUGAAUUUGAGCAGUAACAAUUUUAAUGAAAGUAUCCCACCCGAGAUUGGAAACUUGGAUUCGUUGCAAAUUUUGUUAGAUCUUAGUUACAAUGAGUUGAGUGGAGGGAUACCAUCAGAUCUCGGAAAACUAAGCAAACUAGAAACACUAAAUGUAUCCCACAACAAGCUUUUCGGGUCAAUUCCAUCUUCAUUUGAUCAGAUGUUUAGCUUGACCACUGUCAAUAUUUCGUACAAUGAAUUGAGGGGUCCUCUUCCGAACACCAAGGCCUUUGAAGAUGCUCCGACUGAUGCAUUCAAGAACAACAAUGGAUUAUGUGGUAAGAACUUUCGAGGUUUAAAACCAUGUAAUUCGUCGGAUGUGAUUAUUGGAAGAAAAGAAAACAAUCAUCAACUCUUGCUCAUAGUCCUACUCGCUUUGUUGGGUUUAUUAUUUUUUCUAUUCAUACUUCUCGCAAUCUUUUAUCGACUUCGUAAAAGAUCAGUAAGAAAUGACGCGAAAAUGGAUAGAGCGAACGCUUCAGAUGUUGGAAGAAAUUUAUUUUCAAUCUGGAAUUACGAUGGGAAAAUCGCGUUUGAAGACAUAAUUGAAGCAACGGAAAAUUUUGAUACGAAAUACUGCAUCGGAACAGGAGGAUACGGGAGCGUUUACAAAGCAGAGCUGUCUAAUGGACAGGUUGUAGCCGUGAAGAAACUUCACUCGCCAGAUGAAGAUUCUGAGUUAGUUGACAUGAAAUCUUUUGAAAGCGAAGUGAAUGCAUUGACAGAAACCCGUCACAGGAACAUCGUAAAGCUUCUUGGUUUCUGUUCUAGUCCAGAACGACGGAUCUCAUUUUUGGUAUAUGAGUUCAUAGAGAGAGGAAGUUUGAAAAGUGUUUUAUCUGAUGGAGAACGAGCAGCGAAGUUUGAUUGGAUAAAGAGGAUAAGGUUCAUCAAUGGAACAACUAAUGCACUUGCUUACAUGCACCAUGAUUGCGUACCCGCAUUAGUCCAUAGGGACUUAACGAGCAAUAAUGUCUUGUUAGAUUCAGAAUAUGGUGCUCGUGUGUCUGAUUUUGGUACUGCGAGAAUGUUGAAACCAGAUUCAUCCAACUGGACAUCACUUGCAGGAACCUUCGGAUAUAUUGCUCCAGAGCUUGCUUAUACAAUGAAGGUAACUGAGAAGUGCGAUGUUUAUAGCUUUGGGGUUCUAAUAUUUGAAGUACUAAUGGGGAGGCAUCCAUCUGAAGUCAUCACACUGCUCUCUGAUAUACUUCUUCCGUCUUCAUCUUUGAUUCCAACGGAGACGGAUCAAAAGCUGAGAGACAUAUUAGACCAACGCAUCGGAGCUCCAGGUAAUGGUCUUCAGAAAGAAAUAAUGUACAUUGCCAAGGUUGGGAUUUCAUGCUUACGCGGUGAUCCAAGUACUAGGCCAACUAUGCAAGAAAUAUCAGUCGAGCUAUCAUUGUCAGCCAAGAGUAGGCAAUCUUUGGCAAAGCCUUUUGAAACUAUCACAUUAGGAGACUUACCCAUAUUGUCUGAUGAAUUUGUGUAACCAAACCUUCCUUCUUAUUUUCAUUUCAUUUAUCAGUAAUUAAAUUGAUCAUGUUAAGCCUUUAUAUGUUUAUUGGAAAUGCUUCACAUCAGCCUAGGAUGCGGACAUCUUCAUAAUGCUGAUUGCUGUUCGUUGAUAGUCAUGAGGCACCAAUAUUUUUAAUGCCAA